AUGGCGCCAAUUAAAGGGAAGCCUUUAAUCCCAUACAUUGCGGCAUUAGAACGCUCGUUGGGUGCAUUGCUCGCCCAACACAACGAUGAUGGAAAGGAAAAUGCACUAUAUUACUUGAGUAGAACUCUCGUAGGGGCAAAACAAAAUUACACCCCCAUUGAAAAAGUCUGCCUUGCAUUGGUGUUUGCUGUCCAGAAACUACGACAUUACAUCCUCUCUCAUAGAGUCAUUUUGAUUUCCAAGGCAGAUCCACUCCGAUAUUUAAUGUCCAAGCCUGUGCUCUCUGGGCGAAUAGCCAAGUGGUCUCUCCUCCUCUCCGAGUUCGAGAUAAAAUUUGUGCCACAAAAGGCGAUCAAGGGGCAAGCCCUCGCUGAUUUCUUAGCUGCUCAUCCUACUCCCGACAACAUGGAGUUACCUGAUGAUUUGCCCGACGAGGAGGUGUUCACAACAGAGGCACUUACAUGGUAA